GACUUGCUCUGUUCUCCCUGAGUGCACCAGGAAUGCUGAGGCUUUCUGACAUCCAAGAAAACACCCAAGGUCCCCAUGCCCAGGGGCAGCAAUUGUCCAACAGCAGCUCUGUCAUCCAGUUCCUCCUCCUGGCCUUCGUGGACACAUGGGAGCUGCAGCUCUUGCACUUCUGGCUCUUCCUGUGCAUCUACCUAUCCGCCCUCCUGGGCAACGGACUCAUCAUCAUCACCAUAGCAUGUGACCACCGCCUCCACACACCCCUGUACUUCUUCCUCCUCAACCUCUCCAUCAUCGACCUUGGAUCCAUCUCAACCACUGUUCCCAAAACCAUGGCCAAUUCCCUCUGGCACACCAGAGAAAUCUCUUAUAGAGGAUGUGCUCUCCAGCUCUUUCUGUUUACCUUCUUGGUAGUAGCAGAGUUUUCUCUUCUCACCAUCAUGGCCUAUGACCGGUACGUUGCCAUCUGCCAACCCUUUCACUACGGGACCCUCCUGGGCAGCAGAGCUUGUGUCCAUAUGGCAGCAGCUGCUUGGGGCUGUGGCUUCCUCAAUGCUCUCCUGCACACUGUCACUACAUUUUCCAUUCCCCUCUGCCAAGGCAAUGCUGUGGAUCAGUUCUUCUGUGAAAUCCCCCAGAUCCUCAAGCUCUCCUGCUCACACUCCUACCUCAGGGAAGUUGGGCUUCUUGUGUUUGGUGUCUGUAUUGUAUUCGGGUGUUUUGUUUUCAUUGUGGUAUCUUAUGUGCAGAUCUUCAGGGCCAUGCUGAGGAUCCCCUCUCAGCAGGGACGGCACAAAGCUUUUUCCACGUGCCUCCCUCACCUCACUGUGGUCUCCCUUUAUGUCAGCACUGGCACAUUUGCCUACCUGAAGCCCCCCUCCAUCUCUUCCCCAUCCCUGGAUCUGGUGGUGGCUGUUCUGUACUCGGUGGUGCCCCCAACAGUGAACCCCCUCAUCUACAGCAUGAGGAACAGGGAGCUCAAGGAUGCCCUGAGGAAACGGAUUCAAUGGGUUCACCUUCGGCAUCCGUAA